ACAGUGUGGCCCAUCCCUACCACUGAGCACACUCAUCUGCCACUCGCUCCUCUUCGCGACGCAGAAUGGCCGCACUCCUCUCCGAGUUCUUUUCCUCCAGGCGGCCGGCUCCCCCCGAGCACUGCGAGACCACCGGGUGCCGAGCCUGGCAGCGGGUCCGGACAGAGACCAUUCCUAAUGACUUCACCAGCAAACCCUCUCGGCCCUGGUGCAUACCGCAGGCUGUGCAGGAAAAUGACCUCAGCUUCAUCUUCAACAAUGUUGUGGUCAGGGCCUUCCUGGUUGCCUGCCUCAUCAUCAUGAUAUGUUUCUGCAUUAACUAUCUGAAGAAAAGUCGGAUUCAGAAUACACUACUGAAAAUGUGGGAGAAAUACGCCUGCAUUUUGAAAAUAGGGUCCUCCUCUAACAAAAAGUACCAGAAGAACGAGAAGAAGAGGAAAGAGAUCAAACGUUUCCGCAGAGGGCUAGCCAUCCAGGAGAAGAUAAUGCGGAAACUCCAGCAGAUGGAGAUGAAGAUCCGUGACAUGGAGGACAUGAUCAUGAAAUUUGCAAAGAAGAUGACCCGUCGUGUGACGGGCUCGGAGUGCACCAGCCGAUCCUCGAGUUGUAUCUGCUCACGGUGCCACACCCCGAGCGCCUUCAGCACAGAACCGGAAUCCCACCAUACAGUCUGAAGCAAACUCCGACCCAUGGCAGAAACUGUCAAGAGUGAAACUUUCUUCCUGAUCAUGUCAAGGCAACAAUUGAUUGCAACAAAUCACUUAAAUAAUCUUCAACUUGUUGAAUUGUCACAGUAAAGAACUUUUUUAUUGAAUGCACCA